AUGUUGAGCUUUCCGCGCUCCUUCAACAUCCUGGCAACCAAGAUCCAGUACACGAUGCUCCCUUCCAAAGAUGACACGAUCGUGGGCGCUGGCGGUACUGUGCAGACGGAAGACGGCGAGAGGCAUGAAACCCGUGCGAAAAGCGGCCAGCACAGGCCUUGGAGCCGGCAAAGGUACUUUGGAGCACUCCUCUUCAAUGUUGCAGCGGUUCUUCUCCCAGCGCUCUAUGGCACGCUCAGCAAGCUAUGGGUUGCAGACAUCGACUCGUCGCAAGUCGUCCUCACCGACGUGUACACGUACAUAGGCGUAGUCGCGGAGGUGCUGAACGAAGGCCUUCCACGAGCAGCAUGGCUCGUCAUCGGCGACAAGUCCUCGCGAAGUGUUCCAGCGCGCAUUGGACUUUGCCAUACUCUGAUCAUCUUCCAGUCCAUUCUGGGCUUGAUCAUGUCCAUCGUCUUCGUCGCCGCAGCUGCUCAGACUGCGAAAGCAUUCGUUCCUGUUGAGACCAGGAGCACUUCGUUGACAUACGUCCGUGUCGCCGCCUUCUCUUGCCUGUCAUCUGCUAUUGAAGUGGCUGUCUCGAACUCUACCCGCGCGCUGGACAGACCAGACGUACCUCUGCUCAUUAGCUCGGCCAAGUUCAUCAUUAACAUCAUCCUGGACAUGCUGAUCAUUUCGACCUUCCAUGUCGGCUCCCACCAGCCCACCGUCAAUAUGCAGGCCGCUAUACGACUGAGCUGCGAUCUGGCUGCAGCCUUCAUCGGCCUUGCCUACUUUCUGUUCAUCACCAGACGGAUCAGGAGGAAGACAGACAGGACGGCCUCUAGAUCCUGGUCAUCGACACAGCCCUCGUUCUCGGCGCUCAAGACUCUUGCACGACCCGGUGCGCUUACCUUUCUGGAGUCUGCCAUCCGCAAUGCACUCUAUCUAUGGCUGAUUAGCGGCAUCGUGGCAAUGGGUUCAGACUAUGCAACCGCGUGGGGUGUCUUCAACACUAUCAGAUGGGGUCUCAUCAUGGUCCCGGUCCUCGCUCUGGAGGCGACCUCUUUGACCUUCGUGGGCCAUGCUUGGGGCAGGUGGAGAGCGAGCGGGGCUGCGAAUGCGAGGCGGGCCACUGCAUCGUGGGCAGAUCUUCGCGUUAUCGCCCAACCAGCUUUGGUGUCCUGCAUUGUUGCGCUGGUGGUUGAAGUCCCUAUCUGCGUUUUCCUGGCCACGUGGGGUGCCCGCCGGUUUGCCUUCUGGCUGUCGCAGUCGGACACUGUAUCUAGGAUCACGGAAAAGAUGUGGAAGGUUAGUGAUCCCAACCCUUUCCCUCUAUUCAGGUGGUGCACCGCUCGAGCGGUGCCACUUUUACCACCACAGCGCAGGGAGGGGUUACCGAAUAACAUAACGCCUCACAACGGGGCUUUUCCUGCGCCUGGCUGGAGCAGCCACACUGAGAGAUUUGCAACCCGCCUCACCCAAGCAUCCCGCAUCUGCCGCAUGCCGCGCGCGCAGACAAGCAUCGCUAACCUCCUCCAGACAAUCGACUGGUGCUACAUCUUCUACGCGCUCAGCACCCAGCUCGCCGCCAUCCUCCUCGCGACCCGUCCGCUCUGGUAUCUGUAUCAGUCGCUCGCAUCCAACAUCCUAUGGGUGCUACCAUGGGCCAUCGCGGUCAGCCGGAUCGGCAUCACGCCCGACGAUGCCUGGACGUAUCAUUCUGUCAUCUUUGGGGGAUCGCUGGUCUUUAGCUUCUUUUGCGUGCUUGCUGUGCUUGGGUGUUGGGCUUGGGCGCUGAGGAAGGGGAGGAUGAGGGUGAGGCCUGUCGCAGCGAGGGGGCGUGGAGAAGAUAGAUGA